AUGUACUCAAGAUUCAGAGAGGCAAGUAGAAGUUCAUCAAGAAGUGGGAGAAGCUUAAGUCCAUGCUACAAUCUCUCAGUGAACAGCAAGUGUACCAAUUAAACUCAGCAGUCAUAAGCUCUAUCACUGAGAAAUAUGAGAAAGUUUCAAGAAGAUUAUGAAGGGGAGGGCAGUGAUGAAAUCGAGGUUGAGGAUGCUGCCAGUGAAAUUCAAUCACAUGCUGAGAACAAGUUUAUUAAUGCAGAUGACAAAUCUCACAGCUACUUAUUGAAUGAAUCUCAAGUAAUGGAAAAUGAUUUCGACUCAUUUGUAAAUACUCCGAAUUAGAGUCCCUACAAGAUUGCCAAAAAUUUCUGA